GUCUUCUAUAGCGUAAAGAUCUAGCUCGUAGUUGCAAUUCGACAAAUUCGCCCACGCACAGCAGCUCGGUGGGGCUGUGGCGCUAGAGCAGGGCCUCGACUGGAGCACCGCGCCAGCGUUGGACGUACGACUUCGCACGCUCGUCGCGGUGGCAUCUUGGGUAUGUCCCACCCUGUCAAGUUUCUGAUCGACACUACUGGUACGGUUUGCAGCGUUGAAGAUGCAGCCAUCUCGAGAAGGCUCAGGCGGCCGGCUGCCGCCGAACACCGCGCUUCGUCCUCCUCAUCUGUGCCAGCGACAAGGUUCUUGAACGAGCGAAGACGAUGGGUGACGCAGCUGUACGCCGACGACACGUGCAUAGAAAGGCUCGUUUGUCGGGCGAUCGUGGAUCGUGGGUCGCGUCCGUGGUACCGGUAAGGACACUCGCACACAAUCGCAUCGUCCAUCGACUUUGCCUCUUUAAUCGUGGAAAGCGCAUUUUUGGUGCAAUUGUUUUGGCGGGAAACACCAAAUUUGAGCCCGAUCGUUUUGGAUCGAAACGGUUUCAGAAAAAGUGCUGUGGACACGUGGUGAUGGCGCCGAUGGCCGAGACACGGUGGUUCUACGCCAACGACGACGACGUCAUUCACGGCCCCGCGACGCUGGAGCUUUUGCGCAAUCUUUGGCUCCGAGGCGAGCUCCAGACCGACACCAUUGUCUGGCGUCUCGGGCUCACCGAGUGGCUCUCGAUCGGGGAGCUUCCGUCGCUCCUCUCGUGCUUGAACACAAAAGAUGCGAUCCAUGCGAGCCUCCUCAAGCGGUCGGCGUCUCUAAAGCCCAUUGCCCACGGCCCACGUAUCGUUGUACCGCAGCGCAAAGCGCAGUCGCUCGUCACGACGCUCGUUCCUACGCGCUCCAGUAACCAAGACGACGACGAUGACGACAUUGCGAGAUCUAGUCCGCUUCUGUCCGCAGCAGCGUCCGAGGUGUCGGUGCUUUGCCCAGGAUACAUCGCAAGGUCGCUUUGUACCGCCCGCUGCCCAGCGACACCCCACGCCCACUCGACGCCCGACGGCCGAUCGUUCACGCUGGAUCCCGUAGCGCAGCGACUGAGCUUGAUAGCCUCCACCCAAGGGCCGACAUACCUCUGGACCCAAGACGCCGCGACUGGCUACGUGCUUCGGCGCGUUGUCGAUCGUCCACGCCCGGGUAUCGCCACAGUACUUGGCGACGGCGAGCAUGGGAUUAUGGAAGACGUAUCUGUGCUCGAUGCCAAGGCGCUUGUCACGGACGCCACUCUCCGCCGCAACGUCGACGACCUCGCUACGCUAGCAGCGUACGAUACCGAGCCCACGGUGCUGCACGUGCUUCAGAAGCGCUUUCUCGAGGGGCGACUGCACACGUGGGUGGGCUCGUCAGCGUCGAUGCUCGUGGCAUUGCAUUCCUUUGGUGCGCCACCGACGCCACCAUCGACUACAAACGCCUCUGGCAUCGCACCCAGUCUUGCGGCCAUCGCGCAGGCGGCGUUCGACGCUCUCCUUCAGGACGCCCGAAACCAGGUGAUCAUUGUCAGUGGUGAGAGCGGUGCUGGCAAGACAACCGCCGCAACACGCCUUCUCGCCGCGCUCACGAAACACCACGGGUCGAUGGGGCUUGGUGCGCACGCAGCGCUGGCCGCGUUUGGCCACGCCAAGACGCCUCGCAAUGACAGGAGCAGUCGCUUUGCAAAGCUUGUGACGUUGCAUGUAGACCCGUCGACGCGCUCGGUGGUCGGCGCGUCAACAACCUGCUACCUCUUGGAGAAGGCGCGUGUCGUGCGCCAAGGAACAGGCGACAGCAACUAUCUGAUUUUCUACCAGCUUCUCUGCUCCCAACGCGCGGCUGACUAUGGUCUCACGCCCUUUGGCGUUGGCGACUACGCGUACCUGACCCAUCAUGUCGAGGUCGACCGCGACACGGUUGCCUUUGGAGCGCUGGACGCAACGCUCGAUGCGUUGCGCGCCGUAGAAAUUCUCGAUGUCGACUGGCUUCUCGGUGUCGUGGCGGCGAUCCUACACCUCGGCAACCUCGUCUUUGUCUCGGACAAUGAGACGGGCUCAAAUGUGGCUAAUAGUGCCGCGUUGCUUGCCGCUGCAACGCACUUACGUGUACCAUCCGAUGCGUUGCGUGACGCGCUCUGUGUCACCGUGCUCACGAUUGGCAGCAAACUCGAGCGGCAAUGCAUGCCGCAUGGCCCCGAGCGCGCGGCAUCCGCGGCCGCUGCGAUGGCCAAGGCGCUCUACGUGCGUCUUUUCGAAUACAUCGUAACGUGCUGCAACGCGUCGGUUGGUGCGUCGCCCGACGCGCUGCGCUUGAGCGUUCUCGAUGUCGUGGGCUUCGAGUCGCUGCCGCUGAACGGCCUCAACCAGCUCUGUAUCAACUACACGAACGAAGUGUUUCAGCAGAAAAUGCAAAGUGAGAUUUUGGCCGCCGACCUUGCGCUGUACGCACGGGAGGGUGUCGCCGCCCCGUCGAUGGCCUUGCAUGACCACCAAAUCGUCUUGGACCUUCUGGACAAGAAGCCCGACGGCAUUUUGCAUCUGCUGGAAGAGCAGGCGCGUGUGAUGCGGGGCAGCGAUGCUCGACUGGCGCAGCAGGUGCGUGCGCUCGGGUCGCCCGCUCUCGUUGCGCAGAAAUCGCCGAUGCUGUUUGGCGUGCGGCAUUACGCCGGCGUCGUCACGUACUCGGCCGACGGUCUCACCGAGGGCAACAAGGAUACGACCGCGCCGAGCUUCGCCGAUUUCUUCGCGCAAAGCACGCUACCAGCAACCUUCCAGGCGCUGUUUCAAGCCGCCCCGGCGCGAACGCGGUCGCCGGUGGCAGAUUUUCGCACGCAACUCGCGGCGCUGCGUCAAGAUAUCGCACUCUUGCAUCCUCGCCACGUCUGCUGCAUCACUCCCAGCCGCACUCGCGCGACGGCAACGUUCGAGCCGUUGGUCGUCCUCGAUCAGCUGCGUGCGGCUGGCGUCCUCGCUGCCGUCAAUCUCUCGACGACGGGUCUUGCCUACCGUGUGCCGCACGCCGCCUUUUUCAACCUGUACCAGCGCUUGGCGCCUGGGGCGCGCGACUGCAAAGCCCUUUUGCGCGACCUCGGCUUGCGCAGCCACGCGCAGCUUGGUGCGUCGCUCGUCUUGUACGACGCGUCGGCCUAUGACCACCUCGAGUUGCUGCGAGCGCUUCACCGCACCGCGUCGGUCGUGCAGGUGCAAGCGGUGUGGCGGCGCCGCCUCGCACAGCAGUAUGUCUGCGCCAUUCGCGCGGCCGUAAAGGAGCCUGCCACCGCGAUCGAGGUAUUGCGGCCCUGGCAGACGCUAUUUCCAGCAAACUUGCGCCAGCAGCCAGCACCUGCCAAGGCAACGCCGAGUGAGAAGAGCAGUCCGCCGGUCGACGUGGCUGUCGAGCCAGAGUGCGACGAGGACGACGAGAACGCGCUCAAGCAGCAGCUCACCAAAGCCGUCGAGGCCAACGACCGCGCCGCCGUGAUUGGUCGGUCGAUCGCACUCCAAAAGCGCUUUCUCAAGGUGCACACGGGCAUGUUCUUGCCGUCGCAGCUGCCUCUGCUGCGGGCAAAAGCCGACUUUGCAAAUGCUCGGUUUUACGGCUUGAGCUCGAGCGGAGCCAAAGAAGACUUGGUGGAUGGCAUGCUCAAGUUCAGCGCCAAGCCACUGCACACGUCCUUGACGCAGCUACCUCCUGCUGCUACGCGCGACGCGAUCCGCUGCUUCAAGGCCAUCCUUGGCUACAUGGGUCUGCGCCGGCAAGGGACACCGGAAGAGCUUGUGAACGAGCUCAUCGUGAAAACAAUCGCACAGCCAGAGCUGCGCGCAGAAGUGUAUGCGCAGAUCCUCAAGCAGCUCACAGACGUGCCGAGUGACAGCUUGCGGGACAAGGCGUGGGCGCUGUUGAUUGUGGCGCUCGCCCAUGUACCGCCCCCGCCCGUCCAAGAGAGCUACGUCGCCAUGUUCAUCCAAGCGCAUGCCCCCAGUGCGUGGGUCGACCACCUCUUCCUCAUGCUGCACCAGCGCCUCGUGCAUGGCGCCCGUCGCGACGUUCUGGUUCCCGACGCGAUAGCCGCGCUCCUUGAUGGGUUCCACGGUCCAUCGCCAAGCCCGCAUCCAAGCCGCUUGUCGAUAUCGGCGGGGUUCCUCGGUUCGACGCCGUCGACCCGCGUGCUAUACGCCUUCCAAGGCAACGCGGACGAUGCGACGUUGACGGUCAACGCCGGCGACGAGGUGGUCGUUCUCGAGGGGGCGCUUGGCGCGCCGUGGUGGUUUGUGCAGUUCGGUCAUGUCGGUGGGUACGUGCCCGCGACGUAUCUGGCGCUCUACACAAAACAAAUGCAACGCGCGCUGCUUGUAUAACUCAAUAUAUGAAGUCGUCGAUCGUCACUUAGCA